AUGGUAAACAAUACCGGAGAUGAACCGCCGUCAUCUCUAGAUGAGUGUGGGUUGAACGCCUCCGAUGUCGAGAAUACAGAGUACGGUGAUUUUUAUUGGAGCAGCUAUGAACAAGGCAUUCUACUAGGUGCAUACUUUUAUGGCUACGUUUGGACUGGAAUACUCGGUGGAUGGAUGGAAAGAAAAUUCGGAGGCUAUAAAGUUUAUGGAACAAGUUUCUUACUCGCCUCCGUCGUCACGAUGCUUACCCCGGCCUCGGCAUGGUGGGGGUUCUGGGCAUGUUUUGCUAUGAGGUUUCUAUUGGGCUUUUUUCAGGGAGUAGUGUUCCCGUCUCAUCAUGGAAUGUGGGGAAAAUGGGCUCCACCACUGGAAAGGAGUAAACUUAUUUCAUAUUCAAGUUCAGGAUUAUUGACUUUGGUAUGGCUUGCAUUCUGGUACUGGUUAGUAUUUGAUGCACCUGAUGACCACCCUCGUAUAUCGGAAAACGAAAGAAGAUAUCUACUUGAGUCUAUCGGUGAAAACGUAGUGGACAAGGGAUGGCAUGUUCCGUGGACGUCUGUGUUCUCUUCGUUACAAGUAUGGGGACUGACAAUUGGACAUUUUUGUCAGAAUUGGGGUCAUUACACAUUACUGACUAGCCUGCCCAUUUAUCUGGAUCAAGUUCUCGGCUUUGGCUUGGCGGCGAACGGUUUUAUAUCAUCUCUGACUUCCCUUACGUUGUGGAUAUUUAUGAUGUUUUACGGAUGGUUAGCUGAUGUUGCCAGACAACGACGUAUCAUGUCUACUAUAUUAGUUCGUAGAUUGCUAGUAUCAAUGGGUAAACUGCGUUUUUACUACUUACUGAAAGUGAUUGUGUACAUUGUUAAUAUGGGAUCUGUGCUAAUAGAGCCUGGUUGCAGCACCCCUGGAUUCAAAGUAAACCACGUGGAGAUUGCCCCAAAAUAUGGAGGUAUAUUGUUCGGAAUAACCAACACGGCAAGUACAAUUGCCGGAUUCCUAGCUCCCCUGGUGGUGGGCAUUCUGACAGACGAUCAGAAUACUAUAGAACAAUGGAGAAUUGUUUUUUGGAUAGCUGGUAUAAUAUACUGCAUUGGUGGCGUUGUUCUCCUGGCUACCCUCAAGGUUGACGUCCUUGAUUGGGCAAUCGAUCCACUAAGUGUAAAGAAAGAAGAUGAGGCAAUUCAGGUCGACAUGGUAGAGCUUGAUUUUAGAACUGGACAUUCAAACGAAAUUUUUCAUGAUGAAGAUAGAGAAACUAUUCCAUGCGUGUCUUCAGAUUUAGUUAUGUAA